UAUUUUCUUCAGCUAAGGAACAUGACACAAUCUCCUUUGUAAUAGCUUUAAAUUUUAUAGCUGAUAUGAACUUAUAAUUAUUUUUUUAUACUAGGAGGUUGGAAGGGAAUUUUGGAAAUACUAGAACUAUUUAUUUGUCUAGCAAUUGUUCUGAAUAGGUGGCUAAUUGAUGUGGGCUUAUAAAUGAAACUGUUUAGAGCUCUUACUUAGUUCUUCAUUUUCAGCUCAGUAUGACAGAUAUUUUCUCAGAGGUGGUGAUUCAGAUUGCAGCAGUUUUCCCUGGAAAGAGGGAGAGUGCACAUAUUUUUUUUCCCUUUCGAGCUCUUUUCCUUUCAGGAUAGGCAGCAGUGAAAUGCUGUCUAUAGAUAAGACUUCAACCCCCAUGAUUCCUUGGUAGAGCAUGCGCUGAGAGCUUCCAGUUGUCAAAGUGCUCUUGCCCGAAUGGUCGACUAUUUGUCAUAUAGCAAACCCGAAAGAAGAAAAUAAAUAUACUCUCCUUUUAUUGAUCUUUAAAUACAGAAAAUCCAAAGCUGCGCAAACCAUGCAGGAUGAUUUACUGAUGGACAAAAGCAAAGCCCAGCCCCAGCAGCAGCGGCAGCAGCAGCAACAGCAAGAUCCAAACUCAGCAGAAGCCCCCUCUACACCCAUCUCGUCGGAGACACCCAAACCAGAAGACAACAGUUCAGUGACUAGUAUCGGCACAUCGGCUCCUUCCCAAAAUAGCAAGGAGAAGAUGCAGAUGGAGUCUCCCAUUUUACCUGGCUUGAGCUUUCACCAGCCUCAACAAGAACCUGCAGCCGGCACCUCCUUGUCUCCCUCCUUUGGCAGCACCUGGUCUACAGGGACCACAAACACGGUGGAUGAUAGCUUUUUCCAGGGGAUUACUCCAGUCAAUGGGACAAUGCUUUUCCAGAAUUUUCCACACCAUGUCAACCCUGUAUUUGGUGGCACUUUCUCACCUCAGAUUGGCCUAGCUCAGACUCAACACCACCAACAUCAGCAGCAGCAGCAGCAAGCCCAGCAGCAGCAGCAGCAGCGGAGGUCACCUGUAAGCCCUAAUCAGGCACCUUUUGCCCAGAGAAAUGCUGCUUACAGCCAUCAGCCCAUCAUGACCAGCAAACCAUCCUCCUCCUCUGCCUCUUCUUCUUCCUCCUCCAGCUGGAAUAACCAUCAAAAUGCGGCUUGGAGUACACCUUCCAACCCUUGGGGUGGGCUGCAGGCUGGUAGGGACCCUCGAAGGGCAGUUGGAGUGGGGGUCGGCGUGGGAGUGGGGGUCGGUGUACCCUCCCCCCUCAAUCCCAUUUCACCCCUUAAAAAACCAUUCUCCAGCAAUGUCAUUGCCCCUCCGAAGUUCCCACGGGCUGCACCCUUAACCCCCAAAUCCUGGAUGGAAGACAACGCGUUCAGGACGGACAAUGGCAACAAUCUGUUGCCUUUUCAGGACCGGAAUAGGCCCUAUGACACUUUUAACUUGCACUCUUUGGAAAAUUCCUUAAUGGAUAUGAUAAGGACUGAUCAUGAGCCUCUGAAAGGUAAACACUACCCUCCCAGUGGCCCACCAAUGAGUUUCGCUGAUAUAAUGUGGAGGAAUCAUUUUACAGGGCGUAUGGGAAUAAAUUUCCAUCAUCCAGGAACAGACAAUAUUAUGGCUCUUAAUACCAGGAGCUAUGGGCGGAGAAGAGGUCGGUCCUCACUCUUUCCUUUUGAAGAUGGCUUCCUAGACGACAGUCAUGGUGAUCAGUCUUUAUCGUCGGGUCUCAGCUCUCCAACGCGCUGUCAAAACGGUGAAAGAGUGGAACGCUAUUCUAGAAAGGUGUUUGUUGGAGGUCUUCCUCCUGACAUUGAUGAAGAUGAGAUCACUGCCAGCUUUCGUAGGUUUGGACCUCUUGUGGUGGACUGGCCUCACAAAGCUGAAAGCAAGUCGUAUUUUCCACCUAAAGGUUACGCCUUUCUGCUGUUCCAGGAAGAAAGCUCUGUACAAGCUCUGAUAGAUGCCUGUCUGGAAGAAGACGGGAAACUUUACCUAUGUGUGUCAAGUCCCACAAUCAAGGAUAAACCAGUGCAAAUUCGACCUUGGAACCUAAGUGACAGUGACUUUGUGAUGGAUGGGUCUCAGCCUUUGGAUCCAAGAAAAACAAUCUUUGUUGGAGGAGUUCCACGGCCCCUCCGAGCUGUUGAAUUGGCAAUGAUUAUGGACCGUUUAUAUGGAGGUGUCUGCUAUGCUGGCAUUGAUACAGACCCAGAGUUGAAGUAUCCAAAAGGUGCUGGCAGAGUGGCUUUCUCCAACCAGCAGAGCUAUAUUGCUGCUAUCAGUGCUCGCUUUGUCCAGCUCCAACAUAAUGACAUUGAUAAACGGGUGGAAGUGAAGCCAUACGUGCUGGAUGAUCAGAUGUGUGAUGAAUGCCAGGGCACUCGCUGUGGUGGAAAAUUUGCUCCAUUCUUUUGUGCCAACGUUACCUGUUUGCAGUAUUACUGUGAAUACUGCUGGGCAAGCAUACACUCUCGUGCUGGGCGGGAGUUCCACAAACCACUGGUAAAGGAGGGAGGCGACCGGCCCCGCCACGUCCCGUUCCGCUGGAGCUGAACCCCAGGCCUCGCCCAGCAACAAGUACUGGAGUAAAUAAAAUUGAGUGAAAAGAGAGCGCUGCCUCAGGGCUUAGUGUUCUGGAAAUCUGUGCAUUCGUCCUCGACUUUAAUGAAGAUAUGGGUCUUUUUAUUACUAUUAUUAUUAUUUACAGUCACAUUACUGAACUCAGUGUCCAGUAUAAUACAAACCGGCAGAGUGUAACUGUACUGAUUUUGCACUUUGAUUCACACAAACAUCUGCUUGGUACCUUAAUUUCCUACACAAGACUUGUCACUAGUGACAUUAUGUAGACUGCCAUUCUCAUCAGCCUUCACUGGGCUGAUGUGUAUGUGAUGAAGAUUUUUUUAAUAUAAUUAUAAUUAUUUUUAUUUUUAAACUGGAGCAUGCACUUAUUUUCAGAAAUUUAGACUUGCCCCUAGCAGAUGACUUUACCAAAGGUAAUAUUCACAAGUAGGUGGCAGAUGUAGCAAAAACUUAAACAGAUAUUCAGCAAUCAUUAGUUUGGGUCAUAUAGAGUAGUAAUAACCCUUAAAGAAAAUAAGCCUUUAGUUGCUCUCCAUUUUGACUUGUAAGGAUGAUACCUCAUAAGCUGGAUCAGACUUUUUUCUUUUGUUUUGCUGAGGGUUUUUUUUGUUUGUUUUGUUUUGUUGGGUUUUUUUGUUCUGUUUUGUUAGGUCUUUUAGUGUUAUGUAAAUGUAUGCUGCAAUAGCUUUUGCUGCUAUUAAAAUGGUAUUACUAAUACCAUAAUACUCUAUUCAGGCUAGGGUAUCAAUUAAAAAUGAAUAUGUGAUUAAAAUAGUGAUGGCUGCUGAAAGGAGAUCAGUAUAGCAUACAGAAAAGCUUCCAAGGAAGGUCAAUAUUUUUUGACUGCAUGUUUACUUAAUCAGGUUGCUGCAUGCAAUAAAUUUUAUAUAUGUCUAAUAUAAAACCUGCCCACAAUGCACAAAUUAUGAAUCUUCGUAGGCUACAAAAUGCUCAGUAACAAAAAAAAAUUGAUUACUGACUGGAGGAAGGCAUGCCUCAGUAAAUGUAAUGCUUCUGAAAUUAGGAUCAGCCCAUUACAGAAUGACCUAUAUUACAACAAAUAUAAAAACUAGCUGUAGGAUAUUCUUAAAACAAAUUUGUGGAUGGUAGAUGAAGUACUUUGCGGUGCUCUGUUAUAUAUCGUGCAAUUUAUUUUAUAUAGUAAAGUGAUUAUGUCUAGUACUGUGAUCAAACUUAACUGUUAAAGCCUCUGUAUCCGACAUUAACACAUUUUUGACAGUUCAUAACAGGUACAUAAACAGAAAUGAGCUCUUAGAUACAAUCUCUCUCCUAAUGCUUGCAUCAUUUCCGUAGCUGCAGACCGUGUCCAGAAAACCAAAGAGCUCAUGUUAGCGUACAUACACUACCGAUUAGAUAGUCUGUCAAACUAAUAAACUAGGCACAUUUAAGGAAGUUAGGAAAAAAAAGUGGUGCUAAAGAAAUGUCUGCAUAUAAAAGUAACAUGAGAUGUCUGCUCUGUGGAUGUGGCGUUAUCUCUCUAAUCCCUGGAUGUAUCCUGUGAAGCUUGAAUACAAUUAAGACCUGCUAAUACAGUGGACAUUUUUUUAGCAUGAACUAUGGGGCUGCAGAUAGCAUAUAAAUAUAAACACACUUGGUAUACUAAUGAUUGUGAGAAUGUGUACACUAUUUUUUUCUUCUUUUUCCUCCUUUGUUUUUGCAGUUCUGGGGACAAUCUGACUGGAUAUGACACCGCAUAGUAGAUUUAAAUGUUCUGGGUUUUGUUUGUUGUGAUGUCCUUCUUUGUGUCUAAUUUAGUAAGUUGGUUUUCCCAAUGUUUAGUUGCAAGUAUUGGCUUUGAAAGGAUUUUUCUGUUUUUGGAGAAAAAAAAAAGAAAAAAUAGUUUUUUACUGGUUUAAAAUGCUUAUUAUAAUUAUCCCUUUUGAAGUUACUUCUGGGCGGUUUUGUGAUAUUGCUUUUCCCAGCCCAGGUGUCUUUUCUGUUUUUUUUCAUCUGUACAAGACAUUUUGUUAUGCACUACUUUUUGUAUCUAGACAGUUUUCAACAGUCGGCUGAUGAUUUUUUUUAAAGAAAAAGGCAUGCUUUCUGACUGACAUGAUCUUUUGCAAUACCUCAAUUUUGAAAUAUAGGAAAGAAAAUGAUAUUUUCUAAGUAAGUUUAUUCAGAAAAAUAUAUAUUAAUUUAAUUCUGCAAGAAAAAUGAUUUAACAGAUGGGUAACUUUAUUUUUUUCAUGCUUAUUUGAGUUUUUUUGAAAAUGAAGAAGUUAGAGCUUUAUAACUGUAAUAUUAAAGAUCAUAGCUAACCUACAGAAAUCUACCUAAUUAUGUGAAAGAAGUAAAUCUUUUUGAAGAAAUACCCCUCUUUCAUGUAGAAAAAUACCCCCAGAGAGAAAGAGAGCGAGAGAGAGAGAGAGAAGCUGGAAAAUGUACAAUAUAGCAUAAUGUUGGAUUAAAUCUGAAACAAAAUCAUCAUAAAGAACAGAUGUAAACACAAACUCCAUUUGGUGCUGAAAGUUGUGAAUAGAAGGUGAAAAAAUAUUUUCCCUUAAUUUGUAUAUUUAUAAUCAAGUGUGAUUAUGCACGACUGACCAGAAUUGUGAGAGUUCUUCUGUUUGUAUUUUUUUAAAGAGAACUUUUUUUAGUUUAUUAAAUUAUGACAUGCUCCCUUUUGUUUUGUAAAUGAAUGUGCCCCUGAGUUGUUAAUAUGUUAUAUUAAAAGAGGGUCCUUCAAAAAAAGUUAUUUUUUAAAAUAUGGAGUUCUGAACUGCAACUUGACUAAGAAGCCCCUGGGUACAACAGGUCCUAUUGUGGCCUUUUCUGAUGUGAGACUUGAACUAGUCGAUUUUUUUGAAGGCUAACCUAACCUCGACUAUUUGUUGUUAUGUGCAAUACUGUUUGUACUGUUUGUAUAAAAAAAAAGAAAAAUGAAAAGAAAAAAGGCAUAAAUCUUUAUUGCAGAUUUAUUUUCAUUGCAGACUUUAGACAUUGUGAUUCACUAAAAUCAUUUUUCUACUGUCAAAUAUGUACCUUUUCUUCAUGCUGGUAUUUUUUCAAUAGUAAUGUAGCCUUUGUACUGAGACAAAUUUUCAUUGUUAUUUUUAGAAAGAUUUUUUGCUAAGAAAAAAAUUAAACAUAUUUACAUAUUUUUCAUUUUUAUUUCGUAUUUUCUUUAAGGAGUGCUUUCUCAACCAUUAAUAUAGUUGUUUCUGGGAGAGACUUUCAUAUCUGGUCAAUGUCAUUAAUAUUAUUUUGUAUUUUUACUUGGAAUAAAUUAAUUUUAUGAUGCUGAUUCUUUAAAAGUUUAUUUUUUUCAUUUUCAGUUAUUUUUGAAGCUAAAAUCUUUGUAAUAUUGUUACUAAAGUGUCUAGUUUUUUGAAAUGCAAAGCUUUAUGUAUUAACUUGCUGAUGUGGUUUACAAUAGUGUGGCAAUGAUGAAAAUGGUUGGUUAUGUAAAGUGAUUGGAAAAUUGUAACAAAGAAUUGGGCAAUAAAAUGACAGAAUGAAGCAGAAAAAACGUGAUAUUUUGAAAAGCCUUUUCCUUUAUCAAAAUGAUUUAGGGAGAUAAUAGGGAUGUCACAGUACCAGUUCGCUGUCUAGAUUUAUACACCACCAGUGUUGAUGAAACUAUUGCCGUUAUAAGGAACUAAAUCUAUUGAACAAUGGGUUUUUGACCCUGCCCAUUCAGCAUAAUUCUUCAUUACUUUUCUUGUCAUGAACUCAAUAAACUCUCUUUUCGGUAGCCUUAGAUUGAACCUCCUAAAA